CAUCCUUCGUACUACACGUUCCGUACUGCACCGAGCCACGCAGACACAACCCUCCUCCACACUCACGCUCGCGCGCGCGCUCUCUCUCUCACAGUCAGCACUCGUCAGUCAUCCGAUGCCUUUUCUUCGCCUCCUUCACCCUCUCUCUUCAAAGCCACCGAUUGUCAUGACCUGUUAUCGUCUCUUCGCCGCUUCGUCUCCGACUAUACUUGCUGUUUCUGCAGCGGCGGUUUUUCUCAGUAAUUCAUAUUAGUUUUUUUUCCAUUUCGGUGGCAGUUUGUUUGUCUCAAUGGCGAUGGAUGACACCGAGAGUUGCAGUAGUAGAGCCGUUGAUUCGUCGCAUGCGCAGCCUCGACAUCAUAGGCAAAAACUCGAGGUCUUCAACGAAGUGCUUCGCCGAAUCCAGGAAUCCGAUUACGAAGAAGCCAAACUCCCUGAUUUCGAUGAUCAGCUUUGGCUUCAUUUCAAUCGACUCCCUGCCAGAUAUGUAUUGGAUGUGAAUGUGGAAAGGGCAGAAGAUGUACUCACACAUCAGAGACUACUUCAUUUGGCAGAGGAUCCUGCUAAUAGACCAGUAUUUGAAGUUCGCCUUGUGCAGGUUCAUUCUGCCUCUUAUGAAGAUUCAGUUGAUUCUGCUUAUUCAAAGAGUCCAAUGAAAGAAGAUCCCCAAAGUUAUUCUAAUUACUCUAGCAGACAAGGAAUCCAUCCACCACCCACAUUUGGUUCAUCUCCGAAUCUUGAAGUGCUUGCACUCCAAGCUAAUAGAAUUCGUGUUGAAGAUGGUGAUAGCACUGUGAAUUCUACUUCAGCUUUGGUGAGGACUAUGCACGAGAUCACCUUUGCAACAGUUGAUAAGCCAAAACUCCUUAGUCAGUUGACUUCCAUACUUGCUGAGGUUGGACUAAAUAUUCAAGAAGCUCAUGCCUUUUCCACUGUUGAUGGCUUCUCCUUAGAUGUCUUUGUUGUUGAUGGUUGGCCUUAUGAGGAAACUGAGCAGCUUAGAAUUGCUAUGGAAAAGGAAAUACUAAAGAUCAAGAUGCAGGAGCAAUCUUGGUUGAAACAACAUUCACCAUCUGCUGCUGCCAAGCCUAGCCACACAAGGAUUGAAUCCUUCAAUGAUUAUGUAAAAAUACCUACUGAUGAAACUGAUGUCUGGGAAAUUGAUGCCAAUCUGCUGACUCUUGAAAACAAAGUUGCAUCAGGGUCAUAUGGUGAUCUGUUCAAAGGCACUUAUCGCAGUCAGGAAGUGGCUAUUAAAAUCCUAAAGCCGGAGUCUGUCAAUACAGAUAUGCUGCGAGAAUUUUCUCAGGAAGUCUAUAUUAUGAGAAAAAUUCGGCACAGGAAUGUUGUACAAUUCAUAGGUGCAUGUACCCGACCUCCAAAUUUGUGCAUUAUAACCGAGUUCAUGUCUAGAGGAAGUGUCUACGACUUUCUGCAUAAACAACGGGGUGCAUUUAAGCUACCAUCUCUACUCAAAGUAGCGAUUGAUGUUGCCAAAGGAAUGAACUAUUUGCACGAGAAUAAUAUAAUCCACAGGGAUCUGAAAACUGCCAAUCUUUUGAUGGAUGAAAAUGAUGUUGUUAAGGUUGCUGAUUUUGGAGUAGCAAGAGUGCAAACUCAAUCUGGAGUAAUGACUGCGGAAACUGGAACAUACCGUUGGAUGGCUCCUGAGUUAUGCCUCUCAGCAAUCGUGCACCUUUAAUUUUUAUACGUGACAUUUUCCUUUUGGUGAUGAUAGUAUGUGUACUAUUUUUGCACAAGUUCAGAUCAUAAUUUUGAGGUAUGCACCAAUAGAUGUAUAUAUUAUUGGCUUGCAGUCCUAGUUGACUCCAAUUGUAACUUCUUUGGUUUGAUCAGGUGUCAUGUAUGUUGCUAUGCCUUUACCAAACUUUUUUUUUUUUUUUUUUUGCUGUAUGUAUCACACCUUACAGCCCCAGUUGUCAGCAAUUAUAACUUCUCUGAUCUGAUUGGGUGUCAGUUACUUUAUUAUUCCGCUUACCACUUUUUUUUUCUUUGGUUAUGUCAUGAAUGCUGUCAAAACUCUUUAACAUAUUUAGCCUAAGAUUUGGUAUUCAGAUCCAAUCUGGUAUUUUUUUCCAAUCUGUUUUCAUGUGCAGAAAGCUAAUGUCUAUUUGCAUUCUACUCUCUCUGAACGCUGUUGUAGUGAUAUAGGGGAGAAAGAAACAAACAAUCUUCCUUCACCUUAUCUAGAUCCCAACUGGUUAACUAAAUCCAGAAGAGGCAUGUCAUUCAGAUUGAUGGACCUUUUAGUGCGCACAAUAGGGGAGUACAAAAACAACAUUUUGGGGCCUGGUUGGACUGUUCCCAAUUUUCGAAGGACUAACUUCUCUUUCCAUAUGAUCCAAAUAAGCACAAUGGGGCAGCCCUUCACAGCUCCCUCUGCAUUGUCUCCACAAACCUCCCUUGCCAACUUAGUAGAGUUUCUUUCAUUGAAGAUGACAAUAUGCGUUCUGCUCCAAAAAGUAAAAAUAGUUAGUGUCACAAAAUCCUCUUUUAAUGUAAUGAAGGAGGAUUUGAUUAGUUGUUUCUUCUUCCAUUUUGUAGAGACAGCAAUGAUUUGCCAAAGUCCAUCACUCCUUUUUCAAUGAUUCAAGGUCAAAAUCCUAUCCCAUACUGCCUCCCAUGCAAAGAAUUUCAUUUUCGUAGGAAUCCAAGAAUUCCAAAUCACUUUCAUAGAGAAAUCCCUUUCUCCCUCCAGCUUAAGAAAAGUAUAGAAAGAUUUAACUGAAAAGUUUCCUUCCUUUGAGUCCUUCCAAACCAGACUAUCCUCUCUAUUUUGCCUCAUUGGAUGCUUUUGGAUCCUUGUAAGAAAAUCCCCAACCACUUCCAAUUCCCAAUCAUGGAACUAUAUGAAGAAGAGGUCCCCAAUGACCGCCCCCUUCUAAGUCCUCCCAUUCCUCCACCACCCAAGCAUCCUUUGAACUGGCUAAGGCAUCCAAAGCUGGGAAUGCAUCACUCAAGGCAAAAUGCCCACACCAACAAUCCUUUCAAAACUCUAUUUUUUUUCCAUAACCCACCGCUAAACUGGUCCAACUUUUUAUAAAUCCCAACCUCUAAUAGCCUUCCACAACCUAGCCCGUAACCUUCCCUCACAAUGCUGGAGCACAUAACCUGCCUACUCCCUUUCAACAGGAAACCUUCCUUCCCAUUUGCUAAGCAAUGCCUUAUUUAAUGUAGAUAAGUCUCUGAUACCCAUCCAUCCUUCAUUCUUUUUCAUGCACACAAUUGACUAAUUCACCAAGUGAGACUUUUUGGCUCCACCUGGUUAGAGGAAGUCUUUUUGAAUCUUCUCAAGUUUCCAACUCACCUUUUUUGGAAUGACAAACAUAUACAUGAGUAAUUGGCAAACUUGACUAAGUGAUUUUUUAUCAAUAGAAGCUGCUUGAUGCUCCAACAUUGUGAGCCUUUGUAGAAACAUUUCUUCUAUCACAUCCCAAGCCACCACUGACUUCACAGAGGGCCCCAAUGGUAGUCCAAGGUAGGUAGUAGGAGUGUCCAUGCCCACUUCUCAAGAAAGUCGCCACCCCCUCCACAUUAGGCACCCCCCUUACAGGAAUUAACACACUCUUCAAAUUAAUCUUUAACCUAAAUAUUGCCUUAAACUACAUGAGUGACCAGCUCAAGUACUUCAACUGCUCCUCACAAGUAUCACAGAAAAUGAGUGUCAGCUGCCAACAACAGGUUGGAUUCUUCUAUCCUCUCUCCCACCUUAAAGCCUGAACUGAAACCACCUUCCUCUGCCCUUUUUAAAAUACGACUGAGUGCCUUCAAUUGCUGGGACAAAUAAGUAAGGAGACAGAAGCUCUCUCCUUGCCUCAUGCCCCUGGCAUUCUAAAAGAAGUCUUUAGGAGUGCCAUUCACUAGCAUCUAGAACCUAGCUGUAGAGAUGCACCAUUUAAUAUAACCUCCCACCUUAGGUUGAAUCUCAUUUUCUGACACUGCUAAAAGGGAAUCCCAAUUAAUAUGGUUGUAGGCCUUCUUGAUAUCUAGUUCAUAGACUACUCCGCCUGGAGCUAUUCAACCUUGAGUGUAUUACCUUGUUUUCAAGAAGCACCACUUCCAGUAUUUGCCUACCCUCUACAAAGGCAUUUUGAGAAUUAGAAACCACGCUACCCACCAUCUCUCUCUCUCUCUCUCUCUCUCUCUCUCUCUCUCUCUCUCUGUGAACAAUGUUGCAAUGAUAAUAAUUGCCAUCUAAAUUUUCACAGCCAUAAUAUGAUGCUUAAUAAUCAACUCUAAGGUUCAUGCAUUAUUUAGUUUAUUCAUUAGCUUUACACUUCUCUCAUUUUGUUAUGAGAAACAAUCAUUCAUCUCAUUUCAUAACAUAGUUUGCAUUUAACAUGCCGUCUACAGUCUACUAGACUGUUAUUCCCUAGCAUUUUCUUACAGUAGUUUUUAAUGCU